AUGAUUAGAAACAUUAUAAUAAACAAGCAGGAAGGCUCAAAGUAUGCAGCCGAUGACAUCCCAGAAAAAGUUCUGAGAUGGCUGGAAAACAACAAAAGAUACACCGAAGAGGAGAGGCCAGAUAUAAUCGAAGGCCAAGUUGUUGUUGUACUAAAAGGCCAGUACACAUCUCUCAGAGGAGUUGUUGUGAAGAGGCUUCCAAAGAACUUACUUCUAGUCAGCGGGCCAUCCAAAAUCAACGGAAUGGCAUUCACUGUAGUAAACCAAAGAUUUGUCCAUCCAGUUUCCGUCUUUGUCCCACUCAAGGGAGACUUCAUCAGCUCCAUCGAAGUGAAGGAGAAGGAAAUAUCCGAAAUAAGAGACUGGACAACAGAGAACGCAGUGGACCUGGAAAUACUGGACUUGCUGAAAUUAGACGGAAAACAGCAGGUAAUAGACAGCGCAAUAGAAAAGGAGUGCGCAGGAGUUAAGGGGCUGAGAAGCUACUUUAAGACGCCCUUCACACUCCCAAAGAAUGUCGAUCCUAUGAGCGCUUUCUACUAA